AUGAAUAGUCAAGUCGAUUCGCAUGUUCCUUCAUUCCAGCAACUUGCAGAUCUGGAAAACACUAUCAUCUAUGUCAAUAGAGAACUCAUUGGUCUUGGAUUAUCAGACUCUCUUUGUUUCAAUGUUACUGCAGAAUCUCAUGACAGAGUAAAAACUAUUGUUGCUUGCAUAUUCAGUCUUCUUCAGCAACGACAAAGAGAUUCGUCGUUUCGAACCGAUAUGCAAGAAAGACUGCAUUACUUGAUGACAGACAACGAUGCUCUCUCUGCUUCAAUCAAUCGUUUCAAAGCAACCGAAGAAUCUCUUAAACGGCAAAUCGCAAGCUUCAAAAACAAAUUAUCAUCCGCUACCAAAACAACAGACUCGACUAUUGCCAAACUUGCUGCUGUAAAAGAAGAACUUAAAACUGCUUUAACUGCCCAACAAUAUUCAAAGGCUCAAUAUGCUCAUGAAUUGAAGCGGAAAACACUCGAGUUUGGACGAUUGCAACAGCGACUUCAAAAGAUUGUUGCUGAAAAGUCUUUGGCAAAAGCUGGAAUCACUCUUGCAAAUCCAAUCAAAUCUGCAUCAAGUAUGGGUGACGGUUCUCAGAGUCUUAAACAAGAUCAUAGUGAAGAAAUGUACUCGAUUGUAAUCAAAAACUACGAAGAUAGAGAAAAACACAUCAUGGCUGAAAACGACAGUUUGCGUCAAACGCUUUUUCAAGUGUUCAACGAAAUGAAGGGUUAUAUUGAACAGCAUCAAGAUCAGUUUUUAUCUGGACAGAUUCAACAACUGCGACCAGAAAUUAUGUUGGCUCAUUCUCCAAAUACACUAAAGCAUCCAUUACAAGAAGCUAUCGAGCAAGGCUUGAAUGUAUUAGGAUCUAUUCAAACAGGUGUAUCAACUGAACUUGUUACGGAAAUGAAAUCUCAGGUUGACUGUUUAACCAAACAAAAUAAUGAACAGACUCAAGUGAUUCAGGAACAGACACGCUUGCUUGAAAUGGCUUUAAACCAAGACUUUUCUGCUUCGCCACCAGAUGAAAACGAUUCCUUUGCUACUGGAAUGGAAGAUUCUGAACAUCAACGUACUGAACUUCAGGAACAAUGGAGCCAACUGGAAAAUGAACGUCGUAAAUUCACAGAUGCUGCAAUCAGAAUGGGUUUGGAACGUGCUGCACUUCAGCAUGAACGAGAAAAGUUUGAAGAGGAAAAGCGAUCGCAUCAAACUAUGCAAUUUUUGGGUACUUUACCACCAACUCCAGCAUGGCUCAAAACGUCAGUUGCAGCAGCUGCAGAAGCAUCUGAACAUCAUCGUGAUUCAAAAGGCACAGAUUUGAUGGAUCAAUUUCGACGUGUUGACAUCAAUCGCUUUGAAGAUGAUACAGUCAAGCCUACAUUGACAGAUACAGUUUCAGACAAACAGCCCAGCAUUUAUCUAGAAGGUGCAUCCAAGGAUGAUUUUCUAGUUGAAUCGGAUACAUUGAUGUCGACACAUACAACUGCACGUACAACACACAUGGGCACUCCAACGACAUACAUGGACGCUCUUUCAAAAAGUCAUAUAUUGGGAUCUACAACUGGAUCUGCAAAGAAACUCUUGUCACAUGGUCGAUUUAACAAUGUGGUGGAUGACAAUGAGGGGAAUACUGUAUCCAAACACACGCACACAUCAAAACAAACGAGUCCUGUGGUGCGUCGUUCUGGUAUAUCUUCAGGACCUGCACUUUCCAAUGUAUCGCCAGCUUCACGUCGGUCUACAAACACUACACCAAUGGUCAAAUCGGCGUUUAGAAACAAGACAGUUGUGAGUGGAAACUCUUUGGGAUCAUUCCAGUCCGCAAAUGCUUCAAGUACAGGUCGAUCAGUGCGUAUUUCAGUAACGAAUGAUCAUACCAAUGAUGAAACUUCCAAACAUAAAAACGAAUCUACUCCAUUCAAACCCACGCUUGCCAUGUCUACUCCAAGCUAAAGCAAUACACAUGUUUGGAUGAUUCAGCCCAAUUAUAAAUGUGUUGAUGGGUUUACAAUAUAUUGAAUUUGAAAAUU